CGUUUUUGUUUCUUGGGAAGGGCGGCGCGUUUUUUCAAAAGGCCAGGCGUCCAAAGGACUACCUCCGAAGUGGCACCGAGAAAGGAGGGGAGGGAGGGAGGAAAGAAGGAGCAGACCCGGGGCAGAAGCAGAGCAGCCAAGACGCGCGCCCAGGUGCGCAGCGCGGGGAUGUCCGCCUGGGCUGAAACUGACAAGCAGGCAGCGCAACUACCCCUCCUUUGUCCGAGAGAAGCCCAUCGCUGUGGCCCCCCAAUUUCCCUGAUUUAGAGGUCACGCCGCGAAUUGUCUUCCCUUUUAUGAUUAUAAAGGAAAAGAUGAUGUCAUUUAAAGGCAAACAAGACCAUUGAUCUGGAGGCCUCUGAAGCCUGUGUAAGUUAACGAUUGGCGGGAUCGUGGCUGCUGCUAUUGACCCAACACUUUCCAUUGAGAGAGAAAACGAGAGAGAGAGGCGAGGAGGAGGAGACAGGGGCGACCGUCCCCCGCCAAAGGCGCGCAGAGGCGGCGAUGGGCCGGCACGAGUCCGUCGGGAUGCGCAGGCUGGUGCCGCCGCCGGCCGUCGAGAUGGAGAGGCAGCUGUCGGCAGUUCUGGGGGCGGUCCAGGCGGCGAGCGAAACAGCGAGGGCGGAAGCGGCGGUGGGCUUGGUGUGGGCAUCGGAGGACGAGGCAUCGCGGGUGGCAGCAACCGCGCGGGGCUCCGUCGGCGCCGCUCAGUGAGCGGGCUGCGGAGGGGCAAAGGCAGCUGGAGAGGCGCCCAGGCAAGCGAGCGGCCAGCCAUGAACAAUAGCGGCCAGCCGCCGCCACAGCAGCAGCACCCCCCGACGGCAGCCAAGAGCCUGACUGCUCCUCGAGCCAACAUGUUGAGUGCCUCCAAGCCUUUGGCAUUCUCCAUCGAGCGCAUCAUGGCCCGGACGGCCCCGGAGCCAAAAGCCCUGCCGCUGCUGCCCCACUUCUUGCAAGGAGGGGGCCCCAAAAGCGCCGAGCAGCACGUCAAGCCGCAGCAGCAACAGGCGGAGGCGGCGCUCAGCCUGGCAUCUUCCAUCCCUUGCAUGAUCCCUUUCGUGCCGCUGGCCUACGAGCCCUUAGGCAAGGCGGGCUCGGAGUCCAGGAAGCCCCCGAUGGACCCGCCGCUGCCGCCCUCCCCCUCUUCUUCCUCGUCGGGGGCACCUUUGAGCUGCCCGCUGAGCCUCAAGCCGCCGUCGGGGGACCUGCAGCCGCUGCAGCAGCACUACAAGCUCGUCCGGCCGCGCGUGGUCAACCAUUCCUCCUUCCACGCCCUGGGCGCCCUGGGCUACUUCAGCCGCGCGGCCGAGCCGCCGCAACCGCCGCCGCCGCCGUCGGGCCUCAGCCUCCACCCGGUGGCAUCCUACUUCCUAGGCUCGCCGCUGCACGCCUCCUCUCCCGCCGCCUUGCACGCCCCGACGGCGCCCAAGGCCUACCUGGCGGAGAGGAACAAGCUGCACGUGUUGCCGCCCGGCCACGACAAAUACCCGACGCCGGCCUUCAAGGAUUUGGCGCACGCCCAGCUGCACAGCGCGGCCGCUGCAGCCGCAGCCGCAGCAGCCGCAGCCGCCGCGCACCUUCUGGCCACCGACAAGCUGCCCUUCAAGAACGUCGGGGCGGACUUCAGCCGGGGCUCACCCAGCGCCAAGCCCAAAGUCUUCACCUGCGAGGUCUGCGGCAAGGUCUUCAACGCGCACUACAACCUCACGCGCCACAUGCCGGUGCACACAGGAGCCCGGCCCUUUGUCUGCAAGGUCUGCGGCAAAGGCUUCCGCCAGGCCAGCACGCUCUGUCGCCACAAGAUCAUUCACACCCAGGAGAAGCCUCAUAAAUGCAACCAGUGCGGGAAAGCGUUUAACCGGAGCUCCACGCUGAACACGCAUACGCGGAUCCACGCGGGCUACAAACCUUUCGUCUGCGAGUUUUGCGGGAAAGGGUUUCACCAAAAAGGAAACUACAAGAACCACAAACUGACGCACAGCGGCGAGAAGCAGUUUAAGUGCAAUAUCUGCAACAAAGCCUUCCACCAGGUGUACAACUUGACUUUCCACAUGCACACCCACAACGACACCAAGCCCUUCACCUGCCCCACCUGCGGCAAAGGCUUCUGCAGGAACUUUGACCUCAAGAAGCACGUCCGCAAACUGCACGACACCAACGGCAGCAGCGGCGGCUCGAGCUUGGCUCCCUCGCGAAGCGCCGUCGAGCCAGAACUGCAGCCGCCGCAGCCGCAGCCGCCGCAGUCAAUGCUGCUUCACCGCCCGUGAGGCGCGCCGCCGCCGUCCGCCAUUCUUCUGCAUGCACUUCGACGGCGGUCCGCGCUUCUCCCGCGCUCCCUCCAGAGAAAGCCGUCGGGUUUUUCUUCCCCUCUGGGACUGCUGGAGAAAGAUAGAGAGACAGAGAGCUUGGGGUUGUUGUUUUUCUCUGCCCCUGAAAGUCGGGGAAAGAAAGACUUGCGUCUCCCCGCGUAAGCCGGGGAGCUGGUUUUGAGAAAACCAGGACUAAUGAAACGUUACUUCGGGCGUAUAUUUAUUGAAAAAGCUGGGUCGAGACCCGGCCGGGAAGUUGCCAGAUGCUCACCUCCAAGAGGGGUGCGGGGAAGAGACCCCCUUUUGCUAUGAAAAUCCCCUGUCCUUUUUUGAAAAGGCCCUUCCUUUUAAAGGACUUCCAUUCGCUCCAGAAUUUCUUGCAGCCCCCAACUGGUGUCUCUCGUGUGUG